AUGAUGACGAAGCCUAAUGCCGACUCGCUGUUUGGUCCAUUGGUGAAUGUUCGACAGGGCUCUUUCAAUCCAUCGACUUGGGCCAUCGACUUGGGCCUCUCACGCUCAACCUUCUCUGCAGCGGGCUAUGCGGCCUUUCGCCCAGCGUACCCUCCCUCUCUGUUCCGCACGGUUCUCGCCUACCAUCGAGCGCCAUCGGCCGUAGGCACGCUGCUGGACCUGGGCUGCGGCCAUGGGCUCAUUGCGCGGGCGCUGAGCCCCGAAUUCGGCCGUGUCGUCGCGAUUGACCCCAGCGGCGGCAUGGUCCAGCAGGCAUCGAAACUGACAGACGACCCCAAGAUCACGUUCCGCCAGGCCAGCUCGGAGGAUCUGUCUUUUGUGGCGGACGCCUCUGUAGAUCUCGUCGUCGCGGGCCAGGCAUCACACUGGUUCGACUACACAAGGGCCUGGCCCGAGCUGGCACGCGUCGUCCGAAGCGGCGGGUCCCUCGCCUUCUGGGGCUACAAAGACAACAUCCUCCUUGGCUUCCCAGAGGUCAACCAGAUCCUCGAGGAUGCGUGCUACGGAGAGGACGAGGUGGCGCCGGGCAUGGAGAGCAUGGCGACGUACUGGGAGAAGCCGGGCCGGGACAUUCUGCGCAACUCAUUACGGGCUGUGGUGCCGCCGCCGGCAGACUGGACAGACAUUCAGAGAGUGGUGUUUGACCCGAAUCGGAAGACGUCCAGCAUCGCACCAGAGGACGAGGACAGAGCGUGGCUGCACAAGAGGCUCAAGCUGGGCGAGUUUGAGGGCUAUCUUCGGACGUUUAGCGCGUUCAGCGGGUGA